CACAACAGCCCACUCGCAAAAUCCUUUCACGCACACUGACACAAACGCGCCGUUAUACGAUGGCUGUCCCGAACAAGUACCAGGAUGGCCGCGUCGACUCGUCUCUCAGGGGAGUGUACAGAGCCUCGCCUAUCAAGCUCAUGAUCUACGGAAAUGGAACAAGUAAUCAGCUAUUAGACGUCAUUGAAGAGCUCGGUGCGACCAAGGCUUUCAUCAUCACGGGCCGAUCGCUCUACGAGAAGACACCGGUGAUCAAGAACAUCGAGAAGACUCUUGGAUCUGCUCAUGGCGGAACAUUUAGCAAGAUCAGACAGCAUUCGCCAAUUGAAGACAUCAGAGAGGCCACCUCCCUGAUGGCAAAGUCAGGAUGCGAUAUCCUUGUAUCGAUAGGAGGCGGAUCGCCUAUCGAUGCAGCCAAAACGAUUGCGUACAGCAUUCACGAGGAGACAGGAAAAUGGAUACCCAACAUCGCCGUUCCAACCACGCUCAGUGUGGCGGAGACGACACAAAACGCCGGAUACACCAACGAAGAGAAGCACAAGAUUGCGGUUAGAAACCCAGAACUUGUGCCAAAGGCGGUGGUUUAUGAUGGAGAUCUUGCUUUGUAUACACCUAUGGACCUCUGGACUAGCACGGGAAUGCGCUCGCUAGAUCACGCGGUAGAGCUGAUGUACCACCCACCUGCGUCUGAAGUUCCCACAAAGCGCUUGGCUCUGGAAGCUGUCAAGGACCUUUUCACUUACCUUCCACAGUCGAAAGCCAACCCGAACGAUGCCGAGGUUCGCACAAAGCUGUUCAUUGCUUGCUAUUCAUCGCUUUUCCCCUUCCUCUAUGCUGGCGGAGUUGGUCUCAGUCACAGAAUCGGCCAUGCCAUAGGAGCCACAUAUUCUAUUCCCCAUGGUAUGACUAGCUGCCUCAGCCUGGCAGCCACGAUCCAUUCCAAGGCCAGCGACCCAGAGGAAGCGAAGCAGAUUGCCAGAAUCAUUCCAUACAUUGGCAAGCAGAGCACUGGUAGCGACGAAAAGGACUCACACAUCGUUGCUGAUGCCAUUGCUGGCCUUGUUGAGGAGCUGGGACACAAGACUACGUUGACAGCUUACAACGUCCCAAAAAGCGAUGCCGAGAUAGAAGCUAUUGCGAUGCGCGCACUGCUUUCCAAAGAUCACAAGGAAUUCGCUAGCUGUCAGGACAUUGUGCGCAGUCUCUACUGAUGUAUUCGCCAAAGGCCGACCAAGGCUCAUUUAGCAUCGAGAUAGUGUAGAGUAGCUAUGACAAC